CGGUACUAUUUUUCAGGGCUGUUGAGUCGGUAGAUAAAUGUUCCGACUCUGCAGUUUUUUGUACUUCCGACACCGAAACUCCUCUGUAUCAAUAUGCGAAUGUAUUUAUAAACACUUACAGUUGAAUCCAAGAAGCUGUUCCACCAAGGUCUUCUAAGUUCUUCUAGCAGAGAGAGGUAGUUGGGCAGAAGCUGCUGCCUUCUCCUUUUUGUGUGCUGAUCUGCUGCUGAAGAUAGGGUAGUGGGAGGAUCCAGGAAGAGGCAUUUAUUAUAAAACAUGAUUUCCCUAGUAGAAUCCCAUAGUCAUGUUUAAAGUUUAAGCUAACAAUCGGAGUUUACAAGUUUCUAUAGCCUUAGCUGAAUGGUAGCAGUUUUUCCAAUGGUUUACAGCUUCAGUCUUGAACUUUUGACCCUCCAUUCCCUUCACUUAUACAAGUGUCUCUAGUCCUGCAAAAAACAUAUUUACUUAAAGGAGAACUCCAGAAUAUAAAAAUUGUCGCCCAUACUGCCGGCAGUAAAAAAAUAAAGAUGUACAUGCCUUCCUCUGCUCCACCCGGGUCUCCGAGAACCGGCUCUGGUCUCUGCCGUGAUCCUCUUCCUGGUUGCUGGUGGUCGGUGAAUCAUACUGCGCUCAGCCAAUCACCGGUCGCAGUGAGGUACCGACUCGGCCGGCGAUAGGCUGAGCGGCAGGGACGUGCACACAUAGGAGUGAAAGGGGGCUGGAGCCCCUGCCCUUUUCCUCACCUGCCCCUCUAGUGCCCUCACAAAAGGAGCUGCAGACUCAGGGUGACAGGUGAAGUAAAAAGGAUCCAUUGCUGGGGAGAUUUGUAUGUGGUUUAAUGUAGGGUGCUGUGCCCUCCCUGCAGCAAGGGGGCGCCAUUAUCUGCCAUUUCUCUGCUUCUCUCCACGCGGAGGAGACAGGAGCAAAGGAAGCAGAGAGAAGCCCCGCCCACAGCCUGUCCGGCCACAAACUUCAGUCUAUGCUGCCCUUACUGUUACUUUAUACUUUGAACUGCCAGCCUCCAGGAAGGACAUCUUUGUUCAUGGAUUUUUUUAUAAGCAUGUCUGAAACGCUGAAAUAUAAUGAUGAUGAUCAUAAGACUGUAUUUUUAAAGACUCUCAAUGAACAACGACUAGAAGGGGAAUUUUGUGAUAUCGCCAUUGUUGUUGAAGAUGUAAAGUUCAGGGCACAUAGGUGUGUACUUGCUGCUUGUAGUACAUACUUUAAGAAACUUUUCAAGAAGCUAGAAGUUGAUAGUUCAUCUGUCAUUGAAAUUGAUUUUCUUCGGUCUGAUAUAUUUGAAGAAGUUCUCAAUUAUAUGUAUACAUCAAAAAUUGCUGUCAAAAAGGAGGAUGUGAAUUUGAUGAUGUCUUCUGGUCAGAUAUUAGGCAUAAGGUUUUUGGAUAAGCUAUGCUCUCAAAAGCGUGAUGUUUCUGCAGCUGAUGAGAAUCCUUCAUCUCCAAAAAAUAAAUAUACUUAUGAGACAAGCCUGAAAAUAAGUCGUCAAGUUGGAGAGCCCAAUGAGAAUCAUGAUGAUGAAGUAGAAGAGAUUGGAGAUCAUGCUGAUAGCCCUUCAGAUGACACUGUUGAAGGGGCUCCUCAAGUCCAUGAAGAGGAAAAGUUACCUACUUCUACACUGCGAGUUCAGGAAGCAAUCCUCAAAGAGUUAGGGAGUGAAGAAGUGCGCAAAGUUAAUUGCUAUGGUCAGGAAGUUGAAGCGAUGGAGACAACUGAGCCUAAAGAGUUGGUACCACAAACCCCACAAUCUCUGACUUUUAACGAGAGCAUUAAUGAAGUAAAAGAUGAGCAAGCACCAGCCUGGACAACAGCAACUGGAGAUAUGAAAUUUGAGUAUUUGCUGUACGGUCACAGGGAACAGUUUGUAUGUCAAGCAUGUGGUAAGACUUUUACUGAUGAAGCUCGAUUACGAAAGCAUGAGAAAUUGCACACAGCUGAUAGACCUUUUGUAUGUGAAAUGUGUGCCAAAGCAUUUACUACACAGGCUCACCUAAAAGAACACCUGAAAAUUCACACUGGUUACAAGCCCUACAGCUGUGAAGUGUGUGCCAAAUCCUUUAUCCGAGCACCAGAUCUUAAAAAACAUGAAAGGGUGCAUAGUAAUGAGAGGCCAUUUGCAUGCCACCAUUGCGAUAAAGCUUUCAAACACAAAUCUCAUCUUAAAGAUCAUGAAAGAAGACACAGAGGAGAAAAACCAUUUAUUUGUGCUUCAUGCACAAAAGCUUUUGCCAAGGCAUCAGAUCUGAAGCGCCAUGAAAAUAAUAUGCACAGUGAACAACGUAAGCAGGUGACAACCAGUGCCAUACAGAGUGAGACAGAGCAAUUACAGGCCGCAGCGAUGGCUGCUGAAGCAGAACAGCAACUGGAAACCAUAGCUUGUAGUUAAAAAUAAGAAAGUUUGUCAUCCUAUAUUGGUAUGUUUACAUUACACUGUUUGGGUACAUAUGUGUCUGUUUCCUGUUUUUAGCUAAAAUGUUACACAUGACGGGAGGGCAGAGAAGUCAUUAGAGAUUUUUUUUUAUAAUAGAUUUUUACGUAUUUUAACAUAAAUAUAUGGGCUAACAUGCUUUAGUUUCAUCUGAUAAUUUCCAAAAAUAUUUAUAUAAAUAUGUAGCAAAUAAAAUACAAUCUCCACCUUUCUAAAUCAUCUAAACUUUUUUUUUUUUUAAACAAGAAGCAAAAAUGGUCAUGUACAAACGGUGUAAUGUGUGUAUAGUUAAUGGUUAUUUUACAUUCUAACCAAUUAUGAAUUUGAAUGCUAGUACUGAAUUGUUGGGGCUUACUAUGUAAACAAGAACUAUAGUGUUAGAAUAUUCUUACUAAUGUUACAAUUAGUUUUGUAAAUUUACAUAAGGUGUGUUUAAGCUUUAUGAAAAAUAAAGGACAUGGAUGCAAAAACAAAAAAAACAUGUAAUAGUAUAUCCUACACGGUACCAUGGAGUCAUAUUUUUUACAUAGGUUUUGGCAGAAACAUUGACAUUGCAGGCAAAAUGGUUGCACUUUUAUGAGCUUUAUAUUUUAUUUACAUUAUAUUGUAACUUCAAAGGUACAGAAAUAAACUUCAAUUGAGUUUUACAAUACAGUUCAAAUAUGUAGGCAGAAAUAUUGGAUUAUCACUGAAAGUUUAUUAUGCUAUUUGUAUACAAGAUGUGUUUAUAUCAAAGCCAUACAGGAAUGUAGCAUGCUUAUCGUAAUACAGUAACUACAGUGUAUUCGCAUGUUGAAAAUUGUCCGUAUUGCUUUAUUUUUCCCUUCACACCAAUGCACCUGGACACCCAACUGGGUUAAAAAAAAAAGUACAGUCAGCCCCAUUUACCUGGAAACGGAGAGCCGCCCUAAACCACCACCCCUGGUUUUCCAUAUAAUUUUGUUUUAAAUCAACUGGUGCCAGAAAGUUAAACAGAUUUGUAAUUUACUUCUAUUAAAAAAUCUUAAUCCUUUCAGUACUUAUCAGCUGCUGUAUGCUCCAGAUGAAGUUAAAUAGUUAUUUUCAGUCUGACCACAGUGCUCUCUACUCUGACCUCUGUCAAUGUCAGGAUCUGUCCGGAGAAGCAUAUGUUUGCUAUGGGGUUUUGCUCCUACUAUGGACAGUUCCUGACAUGGACAGAGGUGUCAGCAAAGAGCACUGUGGUCAGACAGAAAAGAACAACUCAACGUCCUCUGUAGUAUAAAGCAGCUGAUAAGUACUGGAAGAAUUAAGAUUUUUUAAUAGAAGUAAUUUACAAUUCUGUUAAACUUUCUGUGUGUGGAAACAGCCAUCUGUGACCUACUGUCCAUAUAGUAUAUCCAUAUUGGUUGUCUAAUCGGUAGAAAAACAUGUAUGAUGAGGUCUGUUUACACCCAAAAUAAUCAAUGGUUUGAUUUUUUUCUGAAUAUCUGAUGUUUUUCAGAGUAGUCACUGUAACAGCAAUGAGCUAUGUGCUAAGCAAUGUUAGUGUAAAUUCCGCUUCUUGCAUCAUUUACUUACUUAUUAUACUGCUGGCAUGUAACAGACAUUCAAAAUGCAAAAUAAAUUGUACCAAUAUAACUAAUCAGGAAAAGUGUAUUUGGGUGCGUUUCUACACUGAGGUGUUCUAAUUCAUUUUUUUCAAGCCAAAGACUGACUGGAUACAACAAAAAAAAAAAAAUCUCAAUACAUUUUCCAUUUAUGAUCCAUUCUUGGCUUCAAAAACAGCAUAAUAACCUUGAGUGAGAACACACCCUUGUUUGGAUAUCUGCUUACAUAGAGCAGGGGUGUUUCACCCUUUUUCUGUGUUAAACAUACUGGAUAUUGUUCAAUGUUCUUCCCAAGUUAUCUAAUGCUUAGUAAAUGAUUCCAAAAACUUUUAUGGUAAACCCCUUAUAUUUUAGGCAAUCUUACUUUAUUACUUUUACAUUUGAACUGGUACUUAUUUUAUGCAGAUCUAAAAUUAUGAGCAUCACUUUUGUUUGUUUUUUAUGUUGCUGGGAAAUAAUAACGUAUUUGUGUAUGCUUAAAUUAAUGUGAUCACAAAACAACCUGUAGACCAGGUUUAUCUUGGAGGCAUAACGUUUAUAAAGCCAGCUGUGUGGUUUUUGAUAAAUCUUUCCAAUAUCCUGUUCAGAGCAGAGCUAGAGAAAGGGGUGGUGGAGGGGGUCCCUUUAACCCCUUCAUGACCCAGCCCAUUUUCACCUUCAUGACCUGGGCAUUUUUUGAAAAUCUGACCACUGUCACUUUAAACAUUAAUAACUUUGGAAUGCUUUUACUUAUCAUUCUGAUUCCGAGAUUGUUUUUUCGUGACAUAUUCUACUUUAUUUUAUCGGUAAAAUUUCACUGAUAUUUGUAUCCUUUUUUGGUAAAAAAUCUAAAAAUUUCAUGAAAAUUUUGAAAAUUUUGCAUUUUUCUAACUUUGAAAGUCUCUGCUUGAAAGGAAAAUGGAUAUUCCAAAUAAAUUACAUAUUGAUUCACAUAUAAAAUAUGUCUACUUUGUGUUUGCAUUAAAAAAUUGACAAGUUUUUACUUUUGGAAGACAUCAGAGGGCUUCAAAGUUCCGCAGCAAUUUUCCAAUUUUUCUCAAGAUUUUCAAAAUCUUAAUUUUUCAGGGCCCAGUUCAGGUUGGAAGUGGAUUUUAAGGAUCUUCAUAUUAGAAAUACCCCAUAAAUGACCCCAUUAUAAAAACUGCACCCCCCAAAGUAUUCAAAAUGACAUUCAGUAAGUGUUUUAACCCUUUAGGUGUUUCACAGGAAUAGCAGCAAAGUGAAGGAGAAAAUUCUAAAUCUUCAUUUUUUUACACUCGCAUUUUCUUGUAGACCCAAUUUUUUUGUUUUUACAAGGGGUAAAAGGAGAGAAAUCACCCUAAAAUUUGUAACCCAAUUUCUCUUGAGUAAGGAAAUACCUCAUAUGCGUAUGUAAAGUGUUCGGCGGGCGCAGUAGAGGGCUCAGAAGGGAAGGAGCGACAAUGGGAUUUUGGAGAGUGAGUUUUUCUGAAAGGGUUUUUGGGGGGCAUGUCCCAUUUAGGAAGCCCCUAUGGUGCCAGAACAGUGGACCCCCC